UCGCUGCGGUUGAACACGUGGAGCCUGCCAUCAAAACCAUGCUAAACGAGAGCGACAAGCAGCUUAUUCGUUCUCUGCUCGCAAGCAACAAGGACUUGACCACGAACUUGGAGCGCCUCGGGCAGCGCGUCGGCGACUUGACGGACCAGCUAGCUGCAGGUGGCGACGAACUCGCCGAGCGUGCGCCACGCCCCAACGCCAAGCGUGCAGCCGAGACGGAAAUCGUGGGCAGCAAGCCAGUUGAGAAGAAACCAAAGGCCACACGCGCUGCAAGCAUGGCCAUGGCCAAGACGUGGUACACUUGGUUCGUGGGGACACCGGCGAUGUACACCGCCGAGUGGGACGCGUCGAACGGCAACCGCCAGCACAAGAACCAGACGAAGACGGUGGUGGCCUUCAUGCGGCUCUUCGCAACGGAAGGCUACGUCUUGAGAGCAGACGCGCCGCACUACAAGUCGCUCGUCACCGAGAUUGGCGAGCGCCUCGAGGCCCGCUGCAAGGCGUUCCUCCAAGAGCACAACCUUUCGGCCGCGUCCGCAUCCCCCGUUGCCAAAGCCUUCCGCGAGCUGCGGGACAGCGGUGCCCUCGAUGACAAGGCAGCAAUGACGGCACGCCUCCUCGCCACUGGCAUCAUCGUCGAUCCGUCGCCACCAAGCAUGCACGCAACCGCGAUGGCCAAGAACGCAAAGAAAACGCAGUCGCAGACUAAGACGUAAUAGAC